AUGCCUCAGGACAUGCCCCCCAAGGGCGGGUACGAACCCGUCCAGUACAAGCGUAACCUCCCAGCUAGAGGCUUCCGUCCGGGCGCCUUGCUCCUCGGAAUGGGUGCCAUCAUGGGCUACGGCUGGUACAGGCUGAUUGUUGGCAUGCGCGAGGUCAACGAACUUGGCCGCGAAAAGAUGUGGGCUCGCAUCCAUCUCACACCUCUCCUCCAGGCAGAGGAGGACCGUGACCAGAUUCGCAGGCACUGGGCCGAUCAGGCUCGUGAGAAGGCACUCAUCGGGGACAAUAUUAAGGUUUACAACACUGACAGGUUCGUGAGGCCCACGUACGCCGUCACUCCCCAGCCCAUCCAGGAAUAA